AUGGCGGCCAGGCGCCUCUUAGGUGCUACGUGGAGCUCGGCCGGCUGGCGGGUUCGGGAGCUCCCGGACCCCGCCGCUUCUGUAAGACUCCAUGUACGAGAUUAUGCCAAGAGACCGGUCAUUAAGGGGGGCAAAGGCGCUGUGGUCGGUGAGGCCCUGAAGGACCCAGAGGUGUGUACAGACCCCAUCCGGCUCACCACGCACGCCAUGGGUGUCAACAUCUACAAGGAGGGCCAGGAUGUGGUCCUGAAGCCGGAUUCCGAGUACCCAGAGUGGCUGUUCCAGAUGAACGUGGGUCCCCCCAAGAGUCUGGAGGAGCUGGACCCUGAGACCCGGGAGUACUGGCGGCUGCUGCGGAAACACAACAUCUGGCGCCACAACCGGCUGAGCAAGAACCAGAAGUUCUAG